GUGAUUCGCGGACACGCUCACUAGUAGUAUAACUUGCACGGAACGGUUUUAGGAGUCGCUCGCUCUGAAUUAGGAAGAAAUUGCUACUGAAAGGCACAAAAAUAUGUGUACUUCGAUCGAAACUGCAGCACUCGCCCCGCGUUUCUAACCUCAACCCGACGACCAAAACAAAACUGCACGACCCACCUCGACUACUGCAUGACACCGUCCCCCAAACCUGAGUGGAAAAAUCAGGAAUAAUUUGUUUUUUUUUUGUGAAUUGAAACGCUUUUAAAUAAGAAACACGCGCGUUUAACAUUUCGCAGUUUUACGGAGGACACAAUUAAUGCUGUAGCCAUCCGCCUGUGGUACAAGGAGAUGCUGCAGGAGCCGUUUUAGUUACGAUGGCUUCGGUUCCGGAUAUUAUCAAGGUACAGCGCUCUGUCCACGAUCCCGCGAAUCCGCUGGUAUAUCUUGAUGUGAAAAUCGGCAAGGAAAGCGUUGGCCGCAUCCUGAUAGAACUACGAGCGGAUGUCGUUCCGCGGACGGCGGAAAACUUCCGAGCGUUGUGCACGGGAGAGAAGGGCACGGCAGCCGCCAGCGGUACGCGGCUUCACUACGAGGGCAGCAAGUUCCACCGAGUAAAGUCCCUGUUCAUGUCUCAAGGCGGUGACAUCGUUAGCUUCAACGGCACCAGUGGCGAAAGCAUUUACGGAGAUACCUUUGAGGACGAAAACUUUCAUCUCUUGCAUGAAGAUGGUGCAGUAUCGAUGGCAAACCUUGGGAAACCCCACACAAACAAUUCCCAGUUUUUCAUCACCUCCGGCGAGUGUCCGCAUCUGAACGGGACGAACGUGGUCGUCGGCUAUGUAAUACGAGGCGGAGGCAUUAUCGGAGAGAUGGAACGAAACUCGAGCGAAGCAGGGGAACCCCUGCUACCGAUCGUGAUUGAACAUUGCGGUCAAAUUGAAGCAGGCAACGAUUGGUGCAUAAACGACAGCGAUGAUGAGCUCGACCGGUUGCCACCGUUUCCAGAGGAUUGGGAGAAAUUUUACGAUUCUUUUACGGUCGUUGAAAUGCUGCAGUACCUGAACUGGAUUCGAAACGCAGGCAACAGAUUCUUUCGAGAGGGAGAUGAUGUGCGUGCGAAUCGACGCUACAAGAAAGCGGAACGUUACUACAACUUCUUCACGAACCAACUCAAUCGACAGUGUCCGCGUGAACACAGGACACAGCUGGAGCAGUUCCAGCUGCUGAACUGCCUCAAUCAGGCCGCCGUUCGCUUACGGCUGAAGGAGUUCGCGAACGUCGUGCACGCGUGCAAUGCCGCACUAGUGAUCGAUCCCAAGAACACCAAGGCCCUGUACCGGCGCGGACUGGCACAGAACGAAAUGCGUAACUACGAGCGGGCUUUGGAAGAUUUGGGUCGCGCGCUGCAGCGACUACCAGAGGACAAACUUAUACAGAGUGAAUACGAAAGAACACGCAAGAAUAUGCUCGAUUACACGCAGCAGCAACGAAAGGCGCUCUCCAAGCUUUUCCAAUAAUGGCUAACGGCUCUCCACGGUCAAUGUCUAAAUUAAUGUGUCCAUGUCGAUCGUCGAUGUCCAGCGGGCAUGUAUGUAUUUUUUACGUUUGUUGAGCAAUUCUCUGCUAAACUUUGAUGUAAAUAAAUGUUGUAAACGGCACAACCGAUCCGGAAA